AUGCGUCGCCCGACCGGCUGCCCGCUGAGCCAGAUCUGCAUCCCCCCUCCCGCCGUGCUGGUGAGGAGCUUCCCGGUGAGAUCCAGCCUGGAUCCCUGCGGCACCACCGGCACCUUCCAGGGUCUCUCCCACCUCGGGAGCCCCUGCUGCUACCCCGGCACCACCACCUACGUCAACCUGGGCAGUCUGGGCUCGGCCCAGGCCGCCUGCGGGCUCGUGGCCUCCACGUGCGUCCCCUCGUGUAGCCAGGGGGUGGCCACGACGUGUGGGAACCCCCGGUGCUGCUGCUGCUGCCUCGUCACUGAGAGCCGCAGCACGAGCCAGGAGGUGGCCAAGGGCUGCACAGCCCCGUGCCAAGAUCCCUGCUGCCAGGAGGUCACCAAAUGUGCCACCACGUGCCAGGAUCCCUGCUGUAAGGAAGUGACCACCUGUGUCACCACGUGCCAAGAUCCGUGCUGCCAGGAGGUCACCAAGUGUGUCACCACGUGCCAGGAUCCCUGCUGUAAGGAAGUGACCACCUGUGUCACCACGUGCCAAGAUCCGUGUCGUCAAGAGGUCACCAAGUGCACCACAACGUGCCAGGAUCCGUGCUGCCAGGAGGUCACCAAGUGUGUCACCACGUGCCAGGAUCCGUGUCGUCCAGAGGUCACCAAGUGUGUCACCACAACGUGCCAAGAUCCGUGUUGUAAGGAGGCCACCAAAUGUGUCACCACAACGUGCCAGGAUCCCUGCUGUAAGGAAGUGACCACCUGUGUCACCACGUGCCAAGAUCCGUGUCGUAAGGAGGUCACCAAAUGUGUCACCACGUGCCAGGAUCCGUGUCGUCAAGAGGUCACCAAGUGUGUCACCACAACGUGCCAAGAUCCCUGUUGUAAGGAAGUGACCACCUGUGUCACCACAACGUGCCAGGAUCCGUGCUGCAAGGAGGUGACCAAAUGUGUCACCACGUGCCAAGAUCCGUGCUGCCAGGAUGUCACCAGGUGUGUCACCACGUGCCAGGAUCCGUGCUGCAAGGAGGUGACCACACGCACCACCUGUGUGGACCCGUGUUGUCAGGAUGUCACCAGGUGUGUCACCACAUGUGUGGACCCGUGCUGUCAGGAUGUCACCAAGUGUGUCACCACGUGUGUAGAUCCAUGUUGUCAGGAUGUCACCAGGUGUGUCACCACAUUUGUGGGCCCGUGUGGCAAGAAAGCCACCAGGGGCCUCACGCCGUGUUACGAUCCCUGCUGCAAGAAGGUGACCAAGUGGAGCAGCCCGUGCGUGAUCCCCUGGUUCAGGAAAGGGGCCAAGUCCAGCACCAGAUGUGCAGAUCCCUGCUCCAAGAAGGGCCACAAGCACAGCUCCAGAUGUGUGGACCCGUGCUACAAGAAGGUGUACAAGUGCUCCACCACGUGCCAAGAUCCGUGCUGUGUGGCCAGGUGUGACCCCAGGUGUGUCACCAGGUGUGCCACCAGGUGUGUGGAUCCGUGCUGCCAGGAGGUCACCAAGUGUGUCACCACGUGCCAGGAUCCGUGUCGUCAAGAGGUCACCAAGUGUGUCACCACGUGCCAGGAUCCCUGCUGUGUCACCAGGUGUGUUGAUCCUUGCUGCCAGGAGGUGACCAAAUGUGUCACCACAUGUGCGGAUCCCUGUUGUCAAGAGGUCACCAAAUGUGUCACCAGGUGCGUUGACCCCUGCUGCCAGGAUGUCACCAAGUGCGUCACCACGUGCCAGGACCCCUGCUGUGCCACCAGGUGUGUCACCAGAUGUGUUGAUCCUUGUUGCCAGGGGGUCGCCAAAUGUGUCACCACGUGCCAGGACCCCUGCUGCCAGGAUGUCACCAAAUGUGUCACCACCUGCCAAGAUCCUUGCUGUGCCACCAGAUGUGCCACCAGAUGUGUCGAUCCCUGCUGCCAGGGCGUGACCACGUGCCAGGACCCCUGCUGCCAGGACGUCACCAAAUGCUGCCGCGGCGGCGCCCAGGUUGUCACCAGGUGCGCCGACUCCUGCGCCACCACCUGCGUCACCCAGACCUGCCCCGUGUGCGGCCAGCGCUGCUCCGUGUCCUGCUCUCCCAAAUUCCGGGCUCCCUGA